AUGAGGAGCAAAGAGAACGCGAGCGUCUUCGAGGGCAGGCCCGGCGUACCGCCGCAGAUGAGGAGCAAAGAGAACGCGAACGUGAACGUGAUCGGGCACGUCGAGCAAACGCAGGUGAGGAGCAAAGAGAACGCGAACGUGAACGUGAUCGGGCACGGCGAGCAGCCGCAGAUGAGGAGGAUAGAGAACGCGAGCUUCUUCGAUGGCAGGCCCGGCGUGCCACCGCAGAUGCGGAACAAAGAGAACGCGAACUCGAACGUGAUCGCGCACGUCGAGAUGCCGCAGAUGACGCACAGCGGCAACGACACCGGUGUUCGAUGGCAGCGCAACGAGCGUCCC